AUGGCUACCCCAGUUACCUCAACACCGCUAUCCGAAGCAUCAACAUGCACGAAUACAGGAAAUUCUCGAUCAAAACGAAUUCUACCACUUUCCACAGAUGUAUCCCGCGAAUCCGAAAAUCGCCGGAAGGCUUCCAAGGUCAGCAGAGCUUGCGACCACUGCAAACUCAAGAAGCUCAAAUGCUCUGGGACGCUCCCUUGCGAAGGAUGUACGAAGAGGAAAGUGAAUUGUCAAUAUGAUGCGGCGUAUCGAAGAGGCAGACCGCCGACACCACCAACGGUCGGGACACAGAGACGCUCUAUGAGUUCGACGCCUUCUGCUGUUCCGCAGUCACAUCCUGUGGAGGAGAAUCCGGAGCUGGGAACAACAAGAUCUUCUUCACAAGGACCUUCUGGUCUUGAGACGACUGAGAUUGAAGGUCAGUUCUUUGAUCCUACUUCGAACUUGACCUUUAUCCAUCGGGCUUGGAAAAGGUUAGCUCAACAGAACCAACAAACGGAUUCGGGUCUUUUGACAGGUUCUGAAAAUCUUCAGCCCCUCAUGUCAGCUGGCGAUGUACCCUUCAUGUCUAAGGGCGACCAGAGCCUAUUGUUCGUUAGUCAUUCAGCAGCUCUAGAGCUGUUCACUUAUUACUUCGAGAACUGCGUUGUGACAUAUCGGGUUCUGAAUCAACAAUACUGUCUUGCUUGGUUUGAAACUGUCAUUAGCAAUUGGCAUAAUGGACAGCCUCUGGAAAUAGAUGUCGGGCAUGCAAAAGCUGCCGUUGUUCUUACCAUUCUUGCCAUUGCCAGUUUCCGUCAACACAGGAUCACAGAACAAAGGUCGAUGCCAGGAGUGUCACUACUAUCUCAACAGAGCGAACAGUAUUUCCUCGCAGCGUCUGACCUGACGGCUCAAGAGACCGGACUACCUCGACUGGAGUCGGCACAAGCUCGCGUUCUCCAAGUUCUGUAUCUACUACAGACAUCGCGUAUGAACCAAGCCUGGUAUGUCUUUGGAAACACAGUUCCUAUAGUCACGGCACUGGGCCUACAUCGGAAGUCUGGUCAGUACCGAAAUGCAGGUCGACAGCCGACGGACUACAUCAUAUCCGAGUGUCGCAAAAGAACUUUCUGGGUGCUUUAUACUCUAGACAAGUACUUGGCCGUGGUUUUUGGUCGACCUCGCUUCUACCAUGAUGGUGACGCCGACCAGGAUUUUCCGGAUAGAGUCAACGAUGAAGAUAUGACACCAGAAGGCCCGUCGCCUACAGAGCCAGCGAUGGAUUGCCAUGUUGAUGCAGUGAUAUUUCAUGCGAGGAUUGCAAUUAUUAUUGAGAAUGUAUCUCGCCAGGUUUACUCUCUGAAGCGGAUGCGAUCGGAGGAGCGUCUGGCGGCUGCCCAAGGCUUCAUCCAACAGCUUCAAGAUUGGAGGCAAGCCUUGCCACCUCAAUUUGGCUCCGUACGCCCAUCUAGUCUCAUACCAAUAUUUUCUCGACAAUCGACAGCCUUGAAACUCGCUUAUUGUCACGCUGUGAUGCAUACAACCCGACCAUUUCUUUUGGAUCACUCAGAUAACUGCACUCCUGCAUUACAAGAUUGCGUAACGCAGUGUAUAGGUGCAGCGAAGCUUGCCCUCGAGACAGUCGAUGGUAUGUUCUCCGAAAAAUCUGUACUCUUCCAUGCUUUAUGGUGGAUGCCCUACGUAACAUUCUGUGCACUGGCAGUUGUCUAUGUGUGGGAUAUCCAGCAAAGGAGUAACGAGUCGGCCGACUCUAGCAACACUCUGCUCUUCGAUCUAGCAGAGAAAUGCCAGAAUCAUCUAGCAAGGACCAUCUCCGCUGAGUCUGCUAGCCGAAGAUACAGCAUUAUCAUUGAGGAGCUACGACAGGAAGCGAGACAAGGUCCACAGCACGCAAGUCGACCAUCGCAUAUGAUAAACUGUCACGACGAGUCACUUCUCACCAGCGAUCAUGAGUCUGGAACGAGCAUAGAUGCGCUGGGCUCUAUGUUUGAAGAUUAUGAGUCUUCUAGCUCUGGUCUUAUGUCAAUUAUGAAUCCACUAAGUCAGUGGCAGCCGACUGACUGGCUGGAUCUAGACUCCUCGGCUUUUACAUUCUGUUCCCAGCUUGAUAAUUUGAUGAUAUUUUAA